AUGCCCAUUCAGGCAGAUUCCGUCGUUACGGAAUCCAAUUUACGCUUUUACUACAAAAACUUUUGCCCUAUCAAGGACUUGGUAAGAUGGAUAGGUUAUGAAGACCCUUCCAUACUAAAGAGAAGAGAGAUCUCACUCACUCUACACAGAGGAGAUACCACAAACGCAACUGAAAUAUACUUGAGAUGGCAAACUUUUGAAAGCUUUGAGAGCGUUUUCGAAACUCUCUGUAACUCAGAUUCUGUACCGUUCAAAUUCGAUAUUGGUGCAAUAUAUAGUAACAAGAUAUCAUUGAUGCAGCUGAGUGGAGAUUUUAGGCCAGUAGAACGUGAAAUAGUCUUCGACAUAGAUAUGGAUGACUACGACGAGUUUAGAACGUGCUGCUCUGAUAAGAAGGUCUGCAAUAAGUGCUGGAGAUACAUUAAGAUCGCAGUAGAGUUGAUAACGAUUACUCUGAAAGAGGACUUUGGAUUUGUUAAUGUUCUUUGGGUGUACUCAGGGAGGCGUGGGAUUCACUGCUGGGUGUGUGACAAGACAGCGAGACAAUUGCCCACUGAGGGCAGAAUUUCAAUCAUUGAGUACCUAAACUUGAUUUCAGAUGGCUUCGCAAAGAAGGUAAAUCUCUAUGCCAUAGACAAACACCCUCUUGUCCUGAGGGCUUUUCACAUUUGCUACCGUAACUUCAAGCACCUGCUGGCCGAACAAAAUUUCUUCUCUCACAAAACUCACAUGAAGACGCUCCUGGAUUAUGUUCCAGAAAGACACUCUAACGUUAAACGAUCAAUCAACAACUGUAUUGAAAAUUCUCAAAAAAGGUAUAAUUCAGUGGAUUUUUUCAAUAGCAUUUGUGAUAUGCUAAAUCUGACAAGGCCUGAGGAUUACGUUGGAAAGGUGGAGGCUGGUGAUUUCCCUGGGUUCUUCAUGGAAAUUAUCAUUGCGUUCUCUUACCCAAGACUUGACGUUAAUGUUACCAAAGACAUGGGACAUCUGUUAAAGUCACCAUUCUGUGUACAUGCAAAAACAGGUACUUUUACAAUUUCAAGCUCUAAUAUUAAUAACUUGGGUUUAGGGAGGAUAUGUGUGCCCUUGGACCACGAAAAUUUGGAUAAAUUUAAUCCAGAAUCAGUUCCGACCAUAGGUAUUACAAUGCUAUACCACUCAACAACACACAUUAGUUACACAUUCUUUACUUAA